ACCAGGAUAGAGAGGGAUUGUAGUGGCAGGAUAGCUAUUCUCAUCGGUUUAAAUAUAUCAAAUUCUUUGACAUUUCUAUUACACAUUUACAACUUUAUUUGUAAUACAUAGAUGUUUAUUUGGUGGCAGCCUAGAUUUCUCAUGUAGGGAUUUUGUUAUUGAUACAUGUCCGCUGUUGCAUUUCUGCACAGCUCAGCUCUGUGUGUGAGCCGUCCGCCUGUCAUUACAGUAUCUACCGUUUAUAGCCAGUAAUAAAAACACAUCUACCUUGACAUCUCAACUUGACCCACCGAUCUGAUUUCUGGACUCUCAUCACUGCAUUCAAGAGAUGGACGAAGACAAUCAAGUACCUGAGGAUCUCUCUCUGGAAGAGAGGGAUGAGCUGUCAAACAUCCGGCGGAGGAAGAGAGAGCUGCUGGAUGAUAUUGAGCGCUUGAAGUUUGAGAUAGCUGAAGUCAUGACUGAGAUCGAGCAACUAACGUGUGUAGGAGAGAGCAAAACGACACAGAGGAACAAACAGAUCGCCAUGGGGAGGAAGAAAUUCAACAUGGAUCCUAAGAAGGGGAUCCAGUUUCUCCUGGAGAACGACCUUCUGCAGCACACCCCAGAAGACGUCUCUCAGUUCCUCUACAAGGGUGAGGGCCUGAACAAGACUGUCAUCGGAGACUACUUAGGGGAGCGAGAUGAGUUUAACCUCAAGGUACUGCAGGCGUUCGUAGAGCUCCAUGAGUUUGCUGACCUCAACCUCGUCCAGGCCUUAAGGCAGUUCCUGUGGAGUUUCCGUCUGCCUGGUGAGGCUCAGAAGAUUGACCGGAUGAUGGAGGCGUUUGCCUCGCGGUACUGCGGCUGUAACCCUGGAGUGUUCCAGUCAACAGACACCUGUUAUGUGCUGUCAUUUGCCAUCAUCAUGUUGAAUACCAGCCUGCACAACCCCAAUGUCAGAGAUAAGCCCCCUGUAGAGAGAUUCAUCUCCAUGAACAGAGGUAUCAAUGAGGGAGGAGACCUGCCAGAGGAACUACUCAGGAAUUUAUUUGACAGCAUCAAAAAUGAGCCCUUCAAAAUCCCAGAGGACGAUGGCAACGAUCUGACACAUACGUUCUUCAACCCCGACCGAGAGGGAUGGCUACUGAAAUUAGGUGGAAGAGUAAAGACAUGGAAGAGACGGUGGUUCAUUCUGACUGACAACUGCCUGUACUACUUUGAAUACACAACGGACAAGGAACCUCGUGGGAUCAUUCCUCUGGAGAACCUCAGUAUAAGAGAGGUGGAUGAGCCCAGAAAACCUAAUUGUUUCGAGCUCCACAACCCCAACCACAAGGGUUCGUUGAUCAAGGCGUGCAAGACUGAGGCGGACGGCCGGGUCGUCGAGGGCAACCACACAGUGUACAGGAUAUCAGCGCCCACCACAGAGGAGAAGGAGGAGUGGAUCAAAUCCAUCAAAGCAAGCAUCAGCAGGGAUCCUUUCUACGACAUGCUGGCAACCAGGAAGCGGAGGAUAGCCAAUAAAAAAUGAGGAGGAGCGCUUGACCACACCCUCCCCAUCGUCAGUGACACCAGCAUAGACUCCGGUCUGUCCCUUUCACUCAGCCCAGGGACAGGAGACAUGGCAGCGAGGCCACAGCAGAGACAAGGGUAAGGGCAUCCAGAUGUAGUGGGGAACUGACUUUGGAUGCAACACCUCUCCACUUCAUCAGUAUGGAUAAAGGACAAGAUGGGGAAGGGCACUUGAUAUUUUGGUCAUCAGUUUCUUUUCAGAUGUAUGUGUGAAUGCAAUACACACAACUGUAAAUUCUCUAAAGUGUGAAUGUACAGUAUUGUGAGGACACAAUGCGAAACAGCAUGGUCUGUAUGAGGCUGUGUGUGUACUUCCCUAAUGUCCCCACCACACAGACUGAGCUUUCGCCAGCCAUAUAAGCAGGCUCAAAGAAACAUGAGUGACAUGGAUAUUGUUGCCCUCUAGUGGGUGAGUUGAGUAUGAUUUCAAUGUCAGAAGAGCCUAACUUAUGAAUCAGCUGGUCUGAUUGUCCACCCCUGAAACGACUGACACUUAUACAAUAGGGAUGUUGUUGUUUUUUCUCAAUUUUUAUUUACCCAUGAGAUACCCAGUUGUAGUCAGCCCAUGCCAAAGAGAUAUCUCUAUGGUGAAGGAGAUGUGACUUGGAGAAGGAUGCCAUUUUGUCUUAGAGCUAUGGUAUACUGUAUAAAUAAAUAAAAAUCAUGUUUGUGGGACAGUUAUCCAAAGCUAGUUUAGGUAUUGAUUCAAACUCCACCGCUAUAAAUCAUUUGUUUUUUUAUAUUUAUUUUCUCUGAUUACAAAAGUUUUUUUUCAUCUUUUCAUGAUGUGUGUGUAUAUAUACUGUACAUAAUAAUGUUUGUCAUUUCUGUUAUGUGUUUCUGUAGCAUGUAAAAGUUAUGUAUGGCUAGCCUACACCCGCUCAAAGGUGAGCAAUGAGCAUUACAUACUGCAGUGGAAGAAACCCUGAACUCCAACUCCUCACAGAGCAAAUGGAGAAAAAAUAACUAUUCCUCAUAUUUCUAAAAUAAACAGAUAAUGACUUAACAGCUAAGCCAGCUGGGUUUCACAUGGGAAGGUGUCAAGGUGAAACAAAACUCCUCACUAGGGUCUCUAUUAGUUUCCUGAGUGGCACAGUGGUCUAAUGCACUGCAUCGCAGUGUUAACUGUGCCACUAGAGAUCCUGGUUCGAAU